UCUGGGUAUAAAAUUUAAAACAAUAUAGAUUUGUUUUUUCUUUUGGAGUGAAGAAUAUUAUGUAUAUUGAUUAAUAAAUAUGUAAUGUGAUAAACUGGAUUCAUCAUGAUACGGAUAUUUCCAUUGAGAAUAACAAUACGGGAUACUUUUAUUCUAAUUCUACUUGUUAUAUUUAACACGAUUCAUGUAACGGAUUUAGCUAAUAAUGACAUGGACUUGCAAAGUAAACAGAGUAAGCUGAAGGAUGAUUCAAACAAAAAUAAUUUCAACUUUAACAGCAAUGAGGAUUACUUUAAGAGCUGUCCUAUAAACCAGGAGAAUGUCUCUGACUGCGCCUCCCUGAAUUACCCUUGUAUUAACUGUUAUAGAGCAGACAUAGACUGUGUGUAUGGUGCGCUAUACAACUAUACAUGUGAUGUGAAACCUAAAAUUGUGUGUAACGGCUCAAAGACAUUCAACAGAACAGCAAUGUGCCGGUUUUGUUAUCAGACAGACAAGUGGGAGCACAGAUGUGAACAGAAGUCCAGCUGCAAUUCACUCGCAUCUCCAACAAAGUAUUACCUGACAAAUUGCACAGUGUCUGAUGAUGUCAUCUGCCUGGGCAAACGGAAGUUCCUAAAGAAAAUAAAAUGCUCCUGGACAUCUGGAACAAGAUGGGGCACAGCUCUUGUGCUAGCCCUGACCCUGGGUGGUUUCGGCGCCGACAGGUUCUACCUGGGACACUGGCAGGAGGGCAUUGGAAAACUCUUCAGUUUCGGAGGCCUCGGAGUUUGGACGCUCGUUGAUGCUCUUCUCAUUGGCAUCCAUCAUCUGGGACCGGCUGAUGGAUCCGUCUAUAUUUAGUUGUUGUAAGGCUUAUUUAUUUAAACUUAAUGAAUAGAUGUUUAAAAAUA